CUCAGCUGGCACCUGGACAAUCUUCCUACCUAUUUCCUGGACCCGUAGACGGCAUUGGCUUAAAGUUGAAGGACGCUGGCCAGCUUGUUGAGGAGGAAAGGCUUACUGCCAUUGGCGCGGAGCGCAAGGAGCGUGUCUUUCACAUGUCACAGAUUCGUUAAGCAAGGCGGGCUGCUAGCUUCUGCUAGCUGGAAACUCCUCUGCAUCCUUUCUGGCGCCAUGAUGCGGUGGCGCAAUUGCCAGACUGAGCUCACGGGAGAGCCUCCGUCACCAAGGAGUGGGCACACCGCAGCUCUGGUCAACGGGUCACUUGUGGUGGUAUAUGGCGGGCUUUUUGAGAAAGUUUUUCUUGGUGAUCUUGUCGUCUUAGACACAGAGCACGCUGUGUGGUUUCGUCCAGAAUGCAGCGGCGACCAAAGCUCUGAUGGGACAGUGGGCCCCGGCCCCCGGGCCUUUCACUGCGCGGCCGCCCUCGAUGCGCGCCUUUUUGUCUUUGGAGGCCGUUCGGGGCGGAGGCGCCUGGACGAUUUCUGGAUGCUUGACACCACCACGUGGAAUUGGGCCCAGCUGGGCGGCUUCGGCGACCGCCCCCCCGCCCGCGACUUUGCCGCGGCCGCCGCGCUCCCCUCCCUCGGCAAGCUGGUGGUGCAUGGGGGGUGGGACGGUUCCGCCUGGCACUCAGACGCCCGUGUUCUAGACACCCCCACUUUGGAGUGGGCGCAACUCCCGGUUGCGCAGGGCUCGGCGCCGCCCCCUAGAUGUGGACACACGGCUACCAUGGUGGAGACCAGGCUUCUCAUGUUCGGCGGCCGAAGCGGCGGCGCCGGCAGCUUUCUGGGCGACUUGUGGGCGCUCAAGGGCCUGAUGGACGACGGGGGCGCUGCCACGUGGACCAAGCUGGUGCUCCCAGGCCCAGGCCCGAGCCCCCGGUGCGGCCACACCACUGCCGCUGCGGGGACGCAGGUCGUCUUUUUCGGCGGCCACGGCCAGGCGGGCUGGCUCACCAAGUACGACGUGUACCACAAUGACGUCAUCGUGCUGGACCGCAAGUCCGUGCAGUGGUCUCGCCCUUCGCUCGCCGCUGACGUCAGCCCCUCCCCCCGGGCGUACCACACGCUGACGCACGUUGGUGGGGGGCGGUUCUUGCUCGUAGGCGGGUACGACGGGAAGGCGUCGCUAGGGGACGUCUGGAUGCUAACGCAAGAUGAGCCCUCUCCCCGGUCAAGCGCCGCCCCCCUUUCCUCCGCCCCGAGCAGCCCCCCUUCCGCGAGCCACGAACCCUCCCACACGCCGCAACCUUCCAAGGCGUCUUCGCUCGCCCUCCUCCGGCAGCAGCUGGGCCUGCCACGUGUCGCCCCUUCACUGGAGCACUCCGCCAGCAAGCGCGCGCAGCAGUUCGACUCGGAGCUGCUGACGCUGGGGUACCGGGUGCUGCGCGAGCGGGGUGGGGGCGCGCCUGACGCGGCGCUCGAGCGGAGCCCGGAAGAGGCGGCCAGCGCGGCGCGGGAGUACCUUAGGAGUUGCACCGCGCCAUCAUUACAGAUAGCCGAUCUUCGAGCAUUACUCAACGACUACAAGCGGGAAGUGGCAGUCGAGGCUCGUGCAUUAGUUCAAAAUAGGUCUGAAAAGAUGAGCGGGGAGUCGCAAUCGGAAGCGGCUAUCCAACGAACAAAGUCACAUCGCUUCUAUCACGUUGCAUCUAUGAGAGACGUCAGACUCGAUGAUCUGCCCGCACUCUUGCAAGAGUACAAGAGCUUGAGUGACAAAGCUGAUAAUCUCGCAUUCUGAAGGUGAAGAUGAGGUGAAGCUGAAUCUUGAAUAUUGCCGAUCGGCCUGUUCAUUCAGUCCAAGAAAGUGCGCACGGU